AUGAAUGCCCCUGGAAAGCGCAAACGGGGCAGUGGAAGCAGUGGAAAGAGUAAACUCUCUGGAUCCCUCCGAGGGUUCCCUGCUGAAGGGCAGAAAUCUGGAAAUGCAAACAAGGGCCGUCGAACGGGAUCCGUUCCCGACAUCACCGCAGCGAGAAACGGUUCAACCCUCGAGGACUAUUUUCCAGGCUUGAGACCAGUCCACAGCAAUUCUACAACCUCUGACCCUUGUUUUGGAAAUCCUAUUCAGUUGGGGGAACCUCCAGGACUGACAAAGCUACCUGACGCGGAUUCAGAGUAUGUAAACCCGAACGGCGUGCGCUCUCCAAGGCUCUUGAAGGCGGAAAGUAUCGUGCCUGAUGAAAUCGAAUGUCCUAUAUGUGGAAUGAAGCUAGAGUCCUGCAAUUUGAAGGCAAACCUCCAUGUUAACAAAUGUUUGGAUAUUCGCGUCAUUUGUGACACAGGUGGGCAAGGCACGGCACAGGAAACUCUUGAAAGAGACGGCUUGUCUCUGAACAGAGUAUCCCACGUUCAAGUCAAUGGGAAUGUGAGCAACGUAACCUGUGUUUUGGGAGAUCCAAAUGUGUCAGAACCAGACAAUGCGAUGCCGACACUCAGUCUCGACAAUGCCACUGAGGGAGAAUAUGACAUGUACUCAGAGUUGGAUGAUGACCUAGAUGAUGAAUUUUGGGAGGCGGUCGAUGCUGUGGUACAAAGUGCUCAAGCCGGAGCAGUUUCGAGUGGAGUAACUGGCAACGAGCUGUUGGGAAGUUCUGCUGUUACAGCAGAUUGUACUAGUGCAGUGCCCACCCGUUCACUUGAAAUCAAUGAUGACGCAACUACCCGGAGCGCACAUCCUACACCUGAAGGUAAAUGGAAUAUGAGAAAGAAACAAUGUCCGUGGUACAAGAAGAUGCCAGGAACGAAAUUUUCUGUCGACGCCUUUUCUUACGGGAAGAUUGACGGAAUAGAGGGUUAUUUCCUUAGCCAUUUCCAUUCAGAUCACUAUGGAGGGCUCAACAAGUCAUUCACUCAUGGUCCAAUAUACUGUUCGACGGUUACAGGCAAUUUAGUGAUUCAGCAGCUUCGAGUUAAUCCAAAAUAUGUGGUACGAUUACCUAUGGAUACUGCGGUAGACGUCAUGGGAGUGCGGGUCACACUGAUCGAGGCCAACCACUGCCCAGGGGCUGUCUUGUUUCUCUUUGAGUUCCGCAAUCAAGACGGACAGAUGCGUCGAUAUCUCCACACUGGAGAUUUUCGCGCACAUGCCUCUCAGCUUGCGCAUCCAAGUCUACAGGCUGGGAAACUGGAUAUCAUAUAUCUUGACACAACUUACUGUCACCCAUCCCACCGAUUCCCACCCCAAGAUCAAGUAGUUGAAGCAAUAUGUGAGCUGUGUCGGAGGGUUUGUCAUCGUGGUGAGACGGUACAAAGCAUUAUCGCUAGCGGUAGCGACAAGAAGAAAGCUGCGAAAGAGAAACCACCCAGUGCAGCAGAGCUUUUAAAACGAUGGAUAGGCUGGGGAGUAACCAAAGGGCCAAAGCCGACAACCAAGCCCAAGAAUCGGUCUCGUACUCUAAUAAUCGUCGGGUCUUACACCAUCGGUAAAGAGAAAGUCUUUGCUUCCAUUGCUCAGACCCUUUCCACAAAGAUAUACGCAAACCACUACAAACGGACUGUACUCGCUGCAGAAGAAAACGCGGCUCUCGAUGAUUUGCUUUGCAAGAACCCGAAAGAGGCCGGCGUACAUGUGGUUGGAAUGGGAGGUCUUCGAGGCGAUGCUGUCAAAGAGUACAUAGUCAAGAAUGAUCUAUCGGACCAAUGUGAUUCAGUCAUCUGUAUUCGACCGACCGGAUGGACAUUCCGGCCAUCAAAGAGUAACCCGAUAGCUGAGCAGAAACCCUUUGAUGUGGGAGCAUUAAAGCCAAGCUAUAGUUACAUCCAAAUCCCUGCUCCGCCAGCAAAAGGGCCAAUUAAUGGUGGUAAUACCACCCUGAAGCCUAAAGCUGUACCGUUGAUUACUAUUCCUUUACCUUACAGUGAGCACAGCAGUUUUGAAGAACUGGAAAUGUUUGUUAAAACGCUAACUGGGCGAAAGAAUGGAGGGGUGGACCGUGUCAUUGCGACUGUAAGAGGAAGUGGGGAUAAGGGACGUGAAAUUGACGAAUGUUGUCGGAAAUGGGUGGAGGAAGGCAGACGCGUGGGAUUCGUGGCGGAUUGA